GCCAGCAACCGCCACCACACCGUGCAUCGUCGCCUCACCCUCUCCCUCAUAACUAGCCACCAUGGAUCGAAUCGAAUCCCUCACGAAUACGAUAUCGAAUCUUACGAUGUACGAUAUCAAGAGUAUGUACAAUCAGGCAAAGAACGUCGUGUUGAAUGUGAGCGAGAUGGAGGCGAAGGUCAGAGAGGCGACAAAUGAUGAUCCUUGGGGUGCGAGCUCGACGCUUAUGACAGAGAUCGCACAAGGGACAUUUAACUUCCAAAACUUCAACGAGAUCAUGCCAUGUAUAUAUUCCCAAUUCAUGGAGAAGGAGGCGCGUCAAUGGAGGCAAAUCUACAAGGCGCUACAACUUCUUGAAUACCUCGUAAAGCACGGUAGCGAACGUGUCGUCGACGAUGCCCGCUCCCACAUAUCCACCAUCAAAAUGCUCCGUAGCUUCCACUAUAUCGACGACAAGGGCAAAGAUCAGGGCAUCAACGUGCGCAAUCGGUCGAAGGAGCUUGUAGAGUUGCUGUCUGACGUGGAGAAGAUUCGCACGGAACGACGGAAGGCUAAGCAAAACAAAAAUAAAUAUAUCGGGACGGGCAACGACGGUCUCAGCUUCUCUUCGGGUGGGAGUCGAUAUGGAGGAUUUGGCAGCGAUAGUCUGGGAGGAGGUUCCAGCUACGGAGGGUCCUACGGCGGAAGCUCUGGUGGGGUGGACAGAGAUUACGGAGGAGGCAGCUACUCCGGUGGUGGAGGUGGUAGCAGUGGUGGAUUCAGGGACGAAACACGACGCGGCGGAUUCGAAGAGUACGAUGCUGGCGACUACGAAGCACCCCGACGCUCUGGUUCCCUCUCGCAUUCUACACGCCCUUCUGCCACCGCAACUAGCACCACCCGCGCUUUCACCCAGGCCCCACCUGCACCGAAACCUGCACCCGCUCCAGAAGUCGAUCUCCUGGGUGGAUUCGAUGAUGAAACCACCGCUGCUCCGGCUACAGGAACCGACAAGGCUCUGCCGGCACUGGCGCCUUUGAACGUCCCUAAUGCUGAUGCCGACGACGAUUUCGCAGACUUCCAAGCCGCACCACCCUCCGCGCCACCAGCCUCAAGCGGCAAACCAAACCUCAUGGACCUCCUCAACAACGCCAACGCCAGCACGAUCACACCCUCCCGUUCUGCGAGCUCACCGCCCGUUCAGCAGCCCAUGAAUCAGUCUUUUGGCGCAUUCAACAAUAGCCCUGCUAUGUCUCCCGCUGUGUCUAUGCAAGGCCGUCCGCCGUCGUAUGCUGCGUCGCCGCUUUCGGCUUCUAGUACGGGCCAAGGCGCCGCGCCUUCGUAUUUCAGCUCUGCGGCGAUGACGCCUACGUCUUCGCAUACCGCGAGGGCUGGGAGUAUGAGCAUGGGCAUGGGCAUGGGUAUGGGUAUGGGUAUGGGUGGCGGCAUAGCUCCGGGAAGAACCGCUUCGGCCGCAAGUGGGGGCGCAACGAAAUCAGCUGGAGGAGGUAACUUUGAGGAUCUGUGGAGCAUGUCGUUGGGCUCUUCGGCGUCGAAGCCUGCGACGCCCACUGCACCGGGUGCGGGGAAGAGCAUCAAGGAUUUGGAGAAGGAGAAGGCGAAUGCGAAGAUGUGGGGUGGGGCGGCGGGUGGGGGACAGGCGAGGCCGGCAAGUAUGGGGAGCUUUGGGAGCUUUGGGGGGUCGAGUGGUGGUGGCGCUGCGGCGGGGAGUGGGGGAGGAGGGGACGACUUGUUGCUCUGAGUAUUGGGUGGUGGGUUCGGUCGUCUUAUGUGACGUUCGAUAGGAGGAUUGUAAGGUGGGGGGGAGUCGAAUUGUCUGCUUUUUUCCCCUCUUCUUUGGACUGAUGAUAUGGAUGGAUGAAGUGGAUAAGGUCUGCGGUCGGGCUUAGGACGUCCUAAG